CUAUCUCCUCUUCCUCCUCCCUCUUUCGCGCGCACACACACUUCAGCGGGCGCGUGCACGCAUUUCUGCAACCUGCAUGUCGAACCGGCGGAUGAUGAUGAUGAUGAAGCCCGCUGCGAGCGCAGCGGAAUCCCGCGCGCUGCUGCGGCUCUGACCACCGUGCGCCUUUAAUUCAGCUUUUUUCUCGUUUCUGUCUGGUUCGGUUCCGCGUGACUUCUGAGCACCGAGAGCGCGCGGUCAGAGCUGCCGGAACAUGUCCUAUGUUCCCUUUCAAGAUGCAAGGUGUGCCGUUCCCCCCUCCUAUCACCAUCACCAUCAUCCCCGCACCCACGCCCACUCCUUCCACGCCCCUUCAUACAGCCGUCCCUCUUACGAGCCUCCUUCCUUCGAGCGUCUCUCUCAUGAACGUCCCUCCUUCGACCGUCCUUCCUUCGAGCAACCCUCCUUUGAACAUCCCUCCUACGACCACCCUGCCUACAACCGAGGCUUGCAUGAGCGCCCAAUUUAUGACCCUUCUUUGCACGACCGCCCAACCAACGACCGCUGGAACCCCCGUCUUCGCAUGAACUCCGGAAAUCAGCUCUUCAUGUUGGACCAGGAAGAGGUGCACCCUUUGCUGAUGCGCGAGCGGCGCUCAGAGUCUCACAGGAACAAGCUGCUGCGGCGGACAGUCAGCGUUCCUGUUGAGGGACGGCAUCACCCCGAGAUGGAUCAUCGCACUCGGCGGAAGAGCAUAGCCACUGGGAAGCAGCCCAGCAUGGAGGUCCCUCCCACUGCCCCCCUCCAGCCCUUCCGACAAUCCAGUUUUCUCAGUAGAAGGUUGAAGGGCUCAAUCAAGAGGGCCAAGAGUCAGCCCAAACUGGACCGAACAAGCAGUUUCCGCCAGAUGAUCCUCCCCCGCUUCCGCAGUGCCGACCAAGACAGGACCCGUUUGAUGCAGAGCUUCAAAGAGUCCCACUCCCAUGAGUCCUUGCUGUCCCCCAGCAGCGCCGCCGAGGCACUGGACCUCACGCUGGACGAGGACGCCAUCAUCAAACCUGUGCAUUCAAGCAUCCUGGGGCAGGAGUACUGUUUUGAGGUGACUACGGCAUCGGGAACCAAGUGCUUUGCGUGUCGCUCAGCUGCAGAGAGAGACAAAUGGAUCGAGAACCUGCAGAGAGCUGUCAAGCCCAACAAGGACAACAGUCGGAGGGUGGACAAUGUGCUCAAGCUGUGGAUCAUCGAGGCCCGAGAACUCCCGGCCAAGAAACGCUACUACUGCGAACUUUGCCUGGACGACAUGCUGUACGCGCGCACCACCAGCAAGCCCCGCACGGACACCGUGUUCUGGGGCGAGCACUUCGAGUUCAACAACCUGCCGGCUGUCCGCAACCUUCGCCUUCAUCUUUACAAAGAGACUGACAAGAAGAGACGCAAGGAAAAGAGCACAUACCUAGGGCUGGUCAGCAUCCCCAUCUCCAGCAUCACUGGACGUCAGUUUGUGGAGCAGUGGUACCCGGUCAUCCAGCCCAGCGUCCUCACAAAGGGAGCUGGUGUUGGAGGGGGGAAGAUCAUCAACGCAUCGCUUCGCCUGAAGUCCCGCUUCCAGACCAUGAACAUUCUGCCCAUGGAGCUUUACAAGGAGUUCGCAGAGUACGUCACCAACAACUACCGCACCCUGUGUGCUGUUCUGGAGCCUGUGCUGAGCGUCAAGAGCAAAGAAGAGGUGGCGUGUGCUUUGGUGCACAUACUGCAGAGCACGGGCAAGGCCAAGGAUUUCCUGUCGGACAUGGCAAUGUGUGAAGUGGACAGAUUCAUCGACCGAGAACACCUUAUCUUCAGAGAGAACACUCUGGCCACCAAAGCCAUAGAAGAGUACCUCAAACUGAUCGGACACAAGUACCUCAAGGAUGCUAUCGGGGAGUUCAUAAGGGCCUUGUAUGAGUCAGAAGAAAAUUGUGAAGUGGACCCAAUGAGAAUAUCACCUUCAAUUCUGCCAGACCAUCAAGCCAACCUUCGCAUGUGCUGUGAACUGGCCCUCUGCAAAAUUGUCAACUCCCAUUGCGUGUUCCCUCGAGAGCUAAAGGAAGUUUUCGCAUCAUGGAGGGUGCGCUGUGCAGAGCGGGGGCGCGAGGAUAUUGCAGACCGCCUCAUCAGUGGCUCUCUGUUCCUGCGCUUCCUGUGUCCGGCCAUCAUGUCCCCGUCGCUUUUCAACCUCACCCAGGAGUAUCCAGAUGAGCAGACAUCACGCACGCUCACCCUCAUCGCUAAAGUUGUGCAAAAUCUGGCCAAUUUUUCCAAGUUUGGCAGCAAAGAGGAGUACAUGUGUUUCAUGAAUGAGUUUUUAGAGAUGGAGUGGGGCUCCAUGCAACAGUUUCUCUAUGAAAUCUCCAACCUGGACAGCGUCAGCAAUGCAGGCGGUUUCGAGGGAUACAUCGACCUGGGCAGGGAGCUGUCCAUUCUGCACAGUCUCCUGUGGGAGGUCAUGGCUCAGCUCAGCAAGGAUGCCAUCAUCAAACUGGGUCCUUUGCCCCGCCUCCUGAACGACAUCAGCAUGGCGCUCCGUAACCCCCACCUCCAGAGGCAGCCGAGCCAUCAAACAGACAGGGUUCCGGACAGGCAGUCUGACCGGCUGCUGUCCCGGCCCAGCUUCAACCGGGGCAUUUCCUCCGAGUUUCAGAACCUCAUGAUGAGGGAUCUCAACAGCUCUAUCGACAUCACUCGUUUGCCUUCCCCCACCUCCACCGGGGGGGUCAUGCCAUCCCGCGCCCAGUUGAGUUUUCAGGACCGCGACCACCCUCAUCGAGCCUCCAAGGACAUGUUUUACGUCUCCCGCCCUCCCCUGGCCCGGUCCAGCCCAGCCUACUGCACAAGCAGCUCAGACAUCACAGAACCAGACCCCAAGGAUUCCCGAAUGAACAGCGUGUCUAAUCUGCAGUCGGUGGACAUGCUCAACUCCUCCCAGGCCUCCAUCGCCGGCAUGGGCAGCUUCGGCGGGCUGAGCAGCGGAGGCGGUGGCGGCCUGGGGUCGGGCCUGAGCAGCCAGCUGCGGGCUGGUGGGAGGUUGUCAGCUGGCUCUGGCGGCUCCAGUAUGUCCGGCGGCCUCCGGCUGAGCCAGCUGAGCCAGAUGGGCACCACCUCCGACUCGCUAUCCCAGCAGCAGCAACAGCAGGCCGCCGCCAUGCGCUACCCGCUUUCCUUCCAGAAUCCCCUCUUUCAUCUGGCGACGGCUGACGGCCCCCAGCAGCACCAACUCCAUCACCAGCACAGCCGGGCUCAACCACCAGCUCCCAUUCUACUGGCCCCAGAGCCCGAGCCCUCUCACCCGUCCUACAUCCCACAGUUUGCCCAUGGGGGGUUCUCCCGCAGUGAGGAUCUGUCCACCCUCAGGACCAGGGACGGGCACCUGGGCCAACCCAGCAUCAUCCACUCACACAGCUACAGCGACGACUACACCAGGGCCGAGUUCGGCCGCAGGCAGAUGUCCACGCAUGUGCAGGAUAAUCUCCAGCAGCAACAGCAAAUGAUGGGUAUAGCUUCCCAGACUGGGACCUCCCACUCUUCCUUGGCCACCACGCCGCCAUCGACAGUCCAACCCAUGCGCCAGAGUUCAGUUGCUCCGCCUCCCAGCCAGCGCGUCAAGUCACAAACUUCCCAUCAGCUCUCCGUCAGCUCGGCCGCCGCCCCCGCUGCUUCCGGGAAAAACCGGCCGCAGAGCGGGAACCUCCUCCCAUCACCAGAGUCCGGCUACGGCGGCAGGCCGCGGCAGCUGUCAGUUAAAGACAACACUGCCCCAGGUCUUCCCCACCAGCAGAGCUCAGUCAGGGAAAGUGGGAGUCCACAGGGGACAACCAGCCAGAGCGCUCAGCAGUCACCACAGCAGAAGUCUCAACAGCACCUUCUCAAACCCACAAUGACCAAACAGGGCUCACAGACUCCAUCUACCCUCAACCCCCCAACCCCGGCGAAUGAGCGGACGGUGGCCUGGGUGUCCAACAUGCCUCAUCUGUCAGCGGACAUAGAGAGUUCAAGAAUUGAUCGUGAAGACUAUAAAUUGAAGGAGUACUCAAAGAGCAUGGAUGAGUCGCGUAUGGACAGGGUGCGGGAGUACGAGGAAGAAAUCAACUCUCUGAAGGAGCGACUCAUGAUGUCUCACAAAAAGUUGGAGGAGUACGAACGGAGGCUCCUCCUACAGGAGCAGCAGACCAAUAAGAUCCUCCUACAGUACCAGAAUCGCCUGGAGGACAGUGAGCGGAGGCUACGGUACCAGCAAGUGGAGAAAGACUCCCAAAUUAAAGGAAUAAUUAGCAGGAAAGAAGACUCGGAAUGAAGACAGAGUCCCGCUGGUCUUGUAAAUAAGCCAUCGUUCAAACCUCCUGCGUCGCCCUGUGCUGUUGCACCCACCAGCAGCCGUUUUUAUCAGCACAGUUCAGCCGUUCGAAUGGAUUUUGGAAUCCACAUUGAUUCCACUUAGUUUUUUGUUUAACAGUAAAAAAGAAAAAAAAAAAAGCACAAGAGGAUUCACAAAAGAAGAAGCAUGUCUGCACUUUCCAGUGAAUUUUUCUGGACUUUCAUGACUUUGGAGGGUCACACUUUAACAGCUCUUCCUUUUUACACCAACCCCAAUCACAGAAGGACUACUCCAAUUUCUGGGAACAUGGGGACUGAUGCCAAAAAUAUGAGGUGCAUCACUGACAAUUCCUGAAUCGAAUGAAUAGUGAAGAUUCGAGCACAGACCCUUAAAGCAUCACCCGUGACUACCCUACCCAAACUGCUGCAUACACAAAAGCAACACUUGAGGCUUGCACUUGCAACUUGUGUGACUCACCUUGACCACACAAGGAGGGAUUAAGUAGCAGAUCUGGAUGCUUCCGAGUCGAUAUAAACCCACAGUUUACUGAGCCAAACUGUCAUGAAGUGCAUUGCAAGACUCGUGCCUCAUCAGGACACUGGAUGAGUUUCUAAAAGUGCACACAAGCAAUGUAAAAAGUGCAGAGAGCGUGGAUGCAAAGAAGCACCGUCUCAGGCCACACAACCUGGAUUGACUGGACUCCAGAAUCUUAAGGACAAGUGCAACCAUAGCCUUAUGUUCCCUAAGAAAAAAAAAAUGUUCUGUUGGGUCUUUAGAGGUACAUCCAUUUGGUGGGGAUGCCAGCCUGGGUUCUCUUGGAGCUGAGCCUCACAUUUAGAGAUUUCCUUUCAAAGAAGCCUUAAUGUUUUGCGCGCAGACUUUACUUUAAGAGCAACUGACCAGGUACACCUUUUGUUCUCAACAAUCUAAUUUAAACCAAAGCCACAUGUUAAAUUUAGGACAAGUUAUUUUAAAGUUACUGAGAUACUGAAUCCACUUUACCUGUAGCAUAAUACCUAUAUAUUUUUUGUCUCCAGGGUAAUAAUCUCAUCAGUUGGCUACAGGCUCUUUUUUUAUUUUAGUUGAGAUAUUUAAAAUUAUAAAUAUAAAUGAAAGUAUUUAUUCUCCCCAGCUGUGAACUAAAGAAAUGUAAGUUGAAGAUGCAGCAGACCAGAAAAGAGAAAUUCAAUGCACCGAUCAUAGUAAUAAUCUAUUUUUAACUAUAAUCCAUAAUGUAUUCAAUUUGAUGAUGCAAGAGCCAUAAUGAUUAUGCUAUGUUAAAUAUAUAAAAGUAUUCUACAGAGAGUGAGAUUGUAACUAUUUUAAUCUUGCAAUAGCUAACUUUUUUAGCAAGAGAAGCGCAAUAACGGCAACAAUAUUUCCCCAUGUGCUGUUUCUGCAAAGUGCACAUCCGGAAAUAUUGUUUGCAUUUUUCUGUACAUAAAGACACAGUGACUUCCUGCCAAACUCUUCUCAACCAGAUGCCAUCGAAAGAGUCAGAAUAACACUUGGAGGACUGUAAAGCGCAACGUAACAAACAGACAACACGUCAACAGCGAUGUUAACUCAAAAACCAUCUGUUCUGUGUUUAACUUUAUCUCCAAGCUUCUUAUGUUCUUUUGGUGAACUUUUCUGCUUUUCAAAUACAGCCUGCAUAGAAUAUUACUCCUUAUUUCACGCAAACAUGACUUUCUUUCCUCUGUAUGAUUUUGCUGUACAUGCUCGGUAUGAUUUUGACCUGCAGUUCCGUCAUUGGUGGUGUCCGGUGACGUGGUGAUUAGAAUAGUUUCUCGAGAAAGUUAAAAAAUGCUUUCAUCUAACUUAUACUGUAUACUUUUGUUAUUAGUAUGACAUUUAUCUUCAAUAUAAUUUUUUUUUCCUCAUAAAUUUCAUUAUAAAUAUACACAUAUACAAAUAUCUAUCAGUAUAUUAUCCGCCUCUUUUGUAGCAACAACAUAUUGAUCGGCUGUAAAGAUUGUAUGACGGCUACCUAAUGUUUAAGUCUUGCAAAUGAAGGCAUUUCGGCUUGAGAUGUGCGUGUGGUCAAAAGGCGUAAAGCAACAGCCAAGGGUUUGUUUUCACUUUUGCACAGAACUGAGUCAAAAAGCUGCAAAUGAUUCCCGUCUAAGCAGGUGAGUUGAUGCCCAGAUGAGAUUCUGAGGACAGGUAGAUCUGGAGUUACGGUUCAGCAUCAAGAUCAGCUAUGGCAUCAUCAUAAUGAUUGUUUAAUUUUAACGAAACACAUGUAGAAAGACAACCAAGCAGAUCAGUCUCAAUGGAUUUAUGGCUUUUUCAUUUACUCAUUGAUUUAUUUAAACUCUUAGAAUUAAGUACAAGUGGAAAUACUUUAUAGUUUUUGGCUUCUAAUCUCAACACGUUAAUGUCGUUUGUCACUUAUUUGCAACAAACCAUUAAAUACAGGACUCCGCUUAAUUUAGCAUCACCUUAAAUGGAAAUAAAACACUGAAGAUUAUGAUUUAAAGACCCUUUCUAAUGAAAUUUCUUUGGUGUUUUUGAUUUUUUUUGUGGCAUUUUUCUGAUGAUGAAGGACAUUUAUAAAGAUUUAUAAACAUUUAUUUGAAUCGUUGUAAAUCAGGAUUAGACAUGAUUUAUCGAAACUCCACCAUCAUUAAGGACCACAUGUAGGCUACGGCAGACGCAUUAAAUUUCUGCAGCAGCACUAGCGCUCAUCAUCAUCUAUCAAAGGAGACGUCGCCGUCUUCUUCAGGCCGUGGAGCGGCGAGCUCCUUACAUGUGGGAUGGGCCACGGAUUAAACCGUUUUGGAAAAUGGUAGUCGGGCAUUUUCCAGAGGAGCUGUGGAUCCAACAAUUCCACAUGACACGCUCAACUUUUGAUGAGCUGUGUGAUGCAGUGGGACCUCUGGUGGCGCCCGCUGCGUAGCGCCCAAGGCAGCCAGCUGCUACAAAGAAGUGCAUCGCCAUCCGGUUGUUGGUCACGUGACUCUCUAAAUUUAGAAAAAGUGUUUCCCUUGCAGUAACAGUCCAUUCAUAUUUGUUGGGUUAUUUCUUAGCAGUAAUUUAAAAUUUACGUUGCUAAGCAGAAAAAUAUAGCUAUAAUAAAGCCAAUUUGGAAGAAUGUUGCUCAGUAGUGGUCCUCAGGAUUCAGUACUUAUUGUCCAGCCUUACAGGAUACCUGGUAGGUAAGGCACCAAAGAAGCUCGAUGCAGAACCAUCAACCCAGUCCAAACAGACUUGAGUUAUAGAUAUUUUUCUGAGUGGUGCUCACCAACCUAAACAUACAAUGACUCUCCUGAGGCUAACUUUAAGAAAAAGAAGUGUAGCUCAGGCGGUUGGGUAAAAAGGGGAAAUAUUUGCAGCUCCUUUUUGAUGCAGAUCUGACUUACUGUUGAUUUUUACAUUUUCUUUACAUGUCCUUUUGUCUUCUGCUUUUUUUUUUUUUUGUCCUCUGUAGCAAGAAUAUCCAGACAUUGUGACCUCAUGUCUGCAGAUGCAUUGUUUCAGACUAAAUGUACGACUUGACCUCAAAAGCACACUACUUGAAGUACAAAUGGAUUUGUUUUUUUUGUUUUUUUUUUGGUUGUUGUAACACGAUCACCCGCACGAGUCAUUGUCUGCCUUUUGGAAGUCAUGUCUAACCUGAAUGCUGUAUUCUCAUGUCACAUUCCAUUGUUUUUGGGACAGUGCAAGUAUUUCUGUCUGUGCUUAUGACUGACUCUUCCUUUUCCUGUUAUUUUGUAAAGAAAUAUCUCAGCGCUGUACAAUAUUUACGGAAUAAAACGUCCAAAAACCUCUGUUGGAAACUUCA